AUGCCUGGGCUGGUGUUGGUUACCGGUGCGGCCGGUUAUAUAGGUUGCCACUGUGUGGCCAACCUAUUGGCACAGGACUACAGAGUGGUCGCUGUCGACAACUGUUCCAACUCUACGAUAAUUAACGGACAAAAACUUCCCGAAAGUCUGCGUCGAGUGGAAGUGUUGACCCAGAAGUCAAUCCAUGACUUCAUUUUCGGUGAUCUCCGCAAAGAACAAGUCAUUGAUAAUGUGUUUGAAAAGUACCGACGCUUUGAUGUAGUCAUACAUUUGGCUGCCUUGAAGUCGAUUCCCGAAUCCAUUGCCAAUCCUCUAGACUAUUACCACAAUAAUGUCAAAUCAACGGUCAAUCUGGUGGACACUAUGAAGAAGUACGAGGUCUACCAUCUGGUGCACGCCUCUUCCGGUGCUGUUUAUGGCAAACCUAAGUACUUACCCAUCGAUGAGUGCCACCCAAUCGGCCAUUCCCUGACCAGUCCUUAUGCCAGAAGUGUUUAUAUGUGCGAAAAUAUACUCCAAGACCUGUGCGCUAGUGAUCCAAAGUGGACAGUCGUGUCGCUUAGGCUAUUCAAU